AUGUCGGCCAACAUGUUCUCCCGCAGGGCACUGCAGUUGACUACUCGGCGAUUGGCCGCAGUGAACCCCUCCACCUUGAGCAGGACGACUGCUCUGUCUAGAUUAUCCGCCCCGGCAGCCAUCGCGACUCUGCAGAAUACACAAUACAGACCAGCAACAACUCAAACCGUCUCCCAAGCCUCCGGCCAAGAAAUCCUCGCCAACCAACGCCUCCACCGACCCGUCUCCCCCCAUCUCGCAAUCUACCGCCCCCAAAUAACCUGGUACCUGAGUGCUCUGAACCGCAUCACGGGCGCCACGCUCUCAGGAGCCAUCUACGUCUUCGGUGCCGCCUACCUCGUCGCCCCGUUGUUCGGCUGGCAUCUGGAAUCCGCCUCCCUCGCAGCCAGUUUUGCCGCGUUGCCCGUGAUACUCAAGGUCGGGUUGAAGGCGCUGGUGGCAUUCCCGUUCACGUUCCACGGGUUGAAUGGCAUUAGACAUCUGAUUUGGGACACGGGCGCGGCGUUUACGAAUCAGCAGGUCAUAUGGACGGGAUGGACGGUUGUGGGGUUGAGUGUGGUCUCUGCUUUGGGGUUGACUUUCCUGUGA